AUGGUUGUGCAGCAGUCUAGUGAUAGUUAUUCCGUAAAUGAUUUACGGCAAGAACCAAACUUGGAAAUCAACUCAACCGUAGCAGAACAAAUUUCAAAGAAAGUGGGAGCCUUCAUAGUAAAAGAUCUCGGAUAUGAGAGCAUUUCGGGCCAGGCUUUGGAUGCUCUCGGCUUCCUCAUGAGUGCAUUCUUUGAGACAGUAGCCAGCACAGCACACAAUUAUGCCGAGCUUGGACGACGACAUACACCAAAUCUGAAUGAUAUUGAAGAAACACUGAACGAUUUGGCGAUAAAAACUGGGGCACUCGAAGGUUACAUGGAGAGACACAAUGCAAAGUGUACGGAAACAUGUGCGAGAAAUCACGAUAAUCAACAAGAGUGUAAAGGAGCUAAAUAUAAAGAGUUUAGUUUAAAGUUAAGAUCUUCUUUUCUUCCUGCUCCCUCGACGCUGAUACCGGAAUUGCCAAACCUAGUAAAAGAUGAGGACGAAGAAGUCAAACCAGAACGAUAUACAAAAAAUAAUGAUAGAGAGACAAAGAAAAUCUCACACAAUAAAACUAUACCGAACUACAUACCACCUCAUUUACCUCCUUUUCCACCGAAGCAUUCAUACAAAAGUACACCGCAAGUGGCAAAGAUCAUCGAAGAUGAUCAAAUAACACUGCGAGAACGAAAUAUUCAACAAGUGAGAAUGAUGGAGAAUAAUCUUCGAAAACUAACGACGAUGGAAAAUCGCAUGUUUUACUAUCCGACUAUGGUUGUCGCUGAUGCGAUAGGUGAAAAUAAUCUAGUAAAAUUGAACUAUUCAAUACCAAUAGUCAAUUUCAAUGCAUACGAAUAUCAAGACUCAUUUGAGCAUGAGAAUAAGAAACUCAAGAGCCGAAUUGCUAACACGAUGAACUUGCGGUUAUAUGAAGGUGCAACGCAGAAACAAAAAGCGAAAAUAAAAUAUCAACGAAGAGAAGAAAAAUAUGAAGAUUUUGUAACUUUCCCCAACAUAGAUAAAGGAAAACAGAAGGCGGAAAUUCAGAGUCCUCAUUAUUUAUCAGAGGAAUUUUAUGAGGAAUUGGAUGAUAUGGAAUUCGAGGAAGUGUAG